AAUUUCGAUUAGAAAAGAAGCGAAACAUAACAUAAUUUUUAUUAAUGGUUAUUUUUUCUCUCUAUUUGCUCAUUUGACAUCGAGGAGGCACAGACAGAGAGCUUCGUUAUCAAGAAAUAACAUAAUGCCAAAUUUAUUAAAAAGUUGCCAAGAAUUUUUCUUUACAGACAACCUUUACAAUGUUCUUGGCGUCAGUAAAGAAGCAACAACCAAAGAGAGUGAGUCUCAACUCAAUCUCAAUUUAAAAUAAUUAAUAUUAAAAAUUAUACUUUUUUAUUAUAUUUAUAUUUAUGUAAUAACAUAAUUGAAAUUUAUUUAUAGUAAUCAUUAUGAUUGUUAUUCAUAGUCAUAAUAUUAUCAUUAAUAUGGUCAUUAUGGUGUGUUUUUUUUUUAUUAUGAUCAAUGACAAUGCCAUUAUCAAUUAUUUUUCUCUUGAACUUUAAAAAAAAAAUGUAUUUCCCAUUCUUCUUUUCACAUAUUUAAAAUUUUUUCCCUGAUUUAAAAUCAUGCAAAAAAUAUAGUCUUAACGGUCUUAAGAUAAAAAAAGUUAGUAAAUUAAAAUUUAAGAUAAUUUGAGACCAAACAAGAGAAAAGACUGUUCAAAAUGUUGCAAAACCACUUUUAAAUAAAAAAAAAAAUUAUCAGUGUCUGCAAUACAAUUAAGGGUCUUUUGCCAUUAAAAGAUUUUACUUGCAACAUUGUGUGUUUCUAUAUGUGACAAGAUAGUGAAAAGUGUAACCUUGCACAAAUCAUGGUCAUGGGAUUUGUGUGCCUUGCUUACCAGCUCUUAUGAUGUCUAAAAAUGCAUGCAUAUUGGCAAUUGGUAUGGCUUAUUUUCAUGCAAGACACCUACACCAUGAAGCAAACACUACUGUCGCCACACACAGUUUAUGAAGCACUGAUAUAGAUCCUCUAAUAAUAGUAAAUACUAAUAAUAAUAAUUAUUAAUGAUAGCCAGAUAGGACUAUUAAUUUUAUCAACAAAUAAUUAACAGGCUCAACUAUAAUGAUAGUAAAAAAAUUAAGGAUGUUCUAAUGUUUCUUCAAUUGCUUCUCCUUGCCUGAGCGUGGCAUUUGAUGCACUUGUUUGUCCCACAAAAUGAAUUCCUUGAGCAUCUUUUACUUAAGGAUUUCAUCAGUGUUUUCAAUCUUUAUAUUGAUUUCAGAUCGACAGGAAUUUAUAAUAAAUAUUAGAGACUUAAUUUCACUGAUGCUUAUAUUUUCUAUUUCAGUAAAAAAAGGAUACCACAAAAAGUCAUUAGCUUUCCAUCCUGACAGAGUAUCUAAUGACAGCAAACUUAUAGCUACCAAAAAAUUUCAAGUACUGAGUCAGGUUUACAGCAUCUUAUCAGAUGAGGCCUGUAGAGCAGCCUAUAAUGAAACAGGUAAUGUAACAAUUAACAUGGAAGUUAAAUAUAACUGAUUUCUGAACUGAUCAGUGUGAACUGAUAAUUUCUUCUUCUGGAGUUAUUAGUCCAAUAAAAUGAUGGGCACUGAUGCGAACCUUGAGCGACACAAAACUUUGAGGUUCUAGUUUAGGAAACAAACAACUAAUACUCAUGUUGACAGUCUCUACAUGCCAUAGGUUCACAACCACUGAUUUAAGGCCUUCAAAGAUUCUGUAAUUUUUUUUAUUUAUUACUUAAUUGGAAAGUACAUUUUUUCUCAUAUUAUCUAAAUAAAUGUUUUUAUUAAAGUUUGUGUCCAAAGUGAUUCGAUUUUUAGUAUAUCCUGUACAAUUUAGACAGCUUGAUGUGUUUUUAUGAAAUACAGUGACAGUAUUUUUAGUAAUUUUAUAUGCAGGGCACCGCGACACAUAAAUAUUAUUUCAAGGGUUCCACACAAGUAAAAGGGAUAAUUGAUUUUGAUCUAAGGUUCUGAAAAUACAAUAGUGAGGAAUAUUAUUUUUGUCUUCUUCAUGCAGGCAUCAUUGAUGAGGAAAGUGUUGAUGAAGAAAGAGACUGGGAGCAGUACUGGAGGCUCUUGUUUCCAAAAAUCACCAGCAAAGAUAUUCAAGAGUUUGCAGAGAAGUACCGAGGUUAUUAUGAAUUAUUAAUUGGUCCAACAAUGUUCCAAAUGUAUUAGUAAUGAUUGGCUAAUUCUCAACCAUGUCAAUCGAUGUUGCCUCUGGGUAUGUUGUUGGGGAUGUUUGUGGUUGAGAGGGGGGUAGAGCUAUAGGACUAACUAUUUAAAUAUGUUUAGGGUACAGGUAUUUAUUUGACAAAAAUAUUUGUGUACGGCUAACUUUUAAAAAAUAUGCUUUUGAUGUUCACCGAUAGAAAAUUAGACAAAGCAAAUAAGACUUGAAAUAAGUAUGGACAGAUCAGUGUUUUAGUCAUUAAAAAUUUUUGUUAAGGUCUUACACUUGAGUUCCUCCAACAUCAUUUUUUAAACUGUACAUUAUGGCUAAUUAAUUUUUUUACUUUCAUUUCAUAUGACUGCGGUUGGGUUAUUUUUUACAUGCAUUUGUGUUUUAAAUCGCAGGGAGUGGUAACCUUCAAAAGUUUGAUGAUGGCUGAUCUCAAAUUAAAAUUAUCAAAAUUUGUUCUAUAAUCUGAAACUGCAUUUAUAUGAAAUUUAAUAUUUAAUGUUGACUCCUGAUUAACUAACUAUUCAUUACAAUCUGAUUCUAUAACAGUACUAAAAGUGCAGUGAAAUUACUCACUGAUCACUCUGUUGUACUAGGUUAGUUUUUAAAAACCUGCAGCUCUGGAGCCGCAUGCAACUCUUCGAAGGAAUAGAUGCAGCUAUUUUAUAAAAAUGAUCUAUAAUGACAUGCUUCUCCCGAAAUACUUUAUUAUAAGAUAUAAUUUAUAAAAUGGCCCUUCUCAAAAACAGGUAGCAAUCACCUGUACUAGCUGCACAGCUGAUAGUUUAUUUUAUCUCCCACAGGCUCAGAAGAAGAAAAAGAGGAUUUAAAAAAUGUCUACCUGACCAGUGAAGGAGACAUGAACACAGUAAUGAACACCAUGAUGUGUAGUACCUUUCAAGAUGAAGGGAGAUAUGCCCAAAUACUUAACCAACUCAUUGAAGAUGGAAAAGUACCAAACUAUGAUGCAUUCUCAAAAGAGAGUAAGAAAAAGAAAAAUCUGAGAAUAAAAAAGGUACAUUAAUGUCUUAUGUUUUUAAGCGUAAUGUAACUUUAACUUUUUGAAAGGAACUCAGUCAUCACUAAGGAUGUUUUAUGAUAAAUUCAAUUUACGAUUUUGGGUUGUUUGUUAAAACUAAAGGAACAUUAAAAUUAUUACUUUUUUUCUCAAUGUAAGCAAAAAUGUAAUCACUUUAGUCUGUACUAUUGUAUUGACGGAUUAAAGGUGACCAUCAUAGUCGCCCUACAUAGUUCACUGAACUUUUUGAAAAAUUGUAUUUACAGAUUUAGAGAGUUACAGCGAUUUAUUCACUAUUAAUUUAGGUAUUAUAGUUGUUCAUCUCAAAGUUACUAAUACAACCUUGGAGAAAUAGAAAAAGACACUUGACACUUCAUGCAGAAGCAUUUAUAUAAUUUUGCUCACCUAUCAUACUACACACUGUAGCUGUAAGGAUAAUAAUAUUUAUCUUACAUUAAUUAAUACAUAUAGGAUAGAUUCUAUGUAGUUUUAGACAACAUAAAUUUGAUUCAGGUCUCUGUGGAGGGCUCCAAGAAAUAAAGGGCAUGAACUAAAGUCUCGGUCAUAAUUUUAAAAAAGAUAUUUAAAUGAAGAAAAUCAGCUCUGUGUUAAAUUUUAAAAUAAGCAAAAUAUUUUUAACGUUAUUGUUUUCCCUAGGCAUUAUCUGAAGCUAAAGAGGCGGAGCAGGAAGCAAAGAAAUUGAAAUUGGAUGACUCUGAAGAUUCACUCAUAGCUGCAAUCAGACAGUCAUCUCGGGCUCGGCAAGCUGAGAACUUUCUUCAACAUCUAGAGGACAAAUACAGUGAUGGUGGCUCAGCAGCGAAGCCAAGGAAAGGUGUUAGGAAAUCUAAAAGAUGAAGCCUGCCACUCACAAAUUAUUACAUUUCUGUACAUUUCUUGAACUAACUGAAUUACCAUCAUGACAUAGUGUGGUUAUGUAUUAUUUAAAAAUGUUUUUACUAUCAACAAAUAAUCCAUGCAUUUGUUUCCCUAACAUCUCAUGUUGUUUGAAUAAAACAUAAAAUUUACUUAUUGAAGAAAAUGAAUGUCUAGAAACAUGUGCAUUUUAAAAUGUUGCUGUUACGUUGCAAACCACCAAUGAGAGUUAUUAAAACAUUUUCUAGAAUGCCAAGGUGAGACCUUGAAUGGAGCAAAAGGAUAUAAAUAUAAAGAUACACUAAAAUAUUGUAUGGCAUUUAAUUUUAAUGUUCAAACAUCUGUGUAGAUCAAAACAAAAUGUAAAAAACCUCCAAUGUCCCAUCACAUUAUUGCAAUUAUAAUCUAAAGGGCCAUCAAUAUAUUAUUAAAUUAUGUAAAAACUCUGAUGAUUACAGUGGUCAUGGUCGACUCCCGACUGACGGACAACAAAAAAUUAUGUACGCAAUGAGACUGUGGGGAGAGUAGGGUGGGGGCUGGUUGUAUGAGCAGCAUGUAUACUUUAUAUAUAUGCACACAUUUUGCAAAAAUAUCCUGAAAUUCUGACUGUCCACAUAUAGCCUAUUUACAUAUUAUAGCAAGCUGUCACCUAAAAAUCUGCAAAUCCAAGAUUUCAACUUAUUUUUAAAGACUUUAAAAAGAUCACUUCAAUGUUGUGAGAUUCUCAUAUUGUAGCUUCAUUUUCACAAAUGAAGUCACUACAAAUGAAGUCACUAAAUUUCAUGAUCAUUGCUGGGAUUUUUCUAAAAUCUCCAGGUUUAGUCCACUGAUUUCUCCAUAUUAUAUUACAGAUAUGUCCAAGGAUCUUAAAUAACUUUCUAAUUUAUGUUUUUCAAACAUAUACCAUUAUUAUUUAAAAGUUUUAGACCUUGAGGAAACAGGAAGUGGUCACGACAAUUUUAAAUUAUCUAUUUUUAUUCUAGAAAAGUUAAAUCUCAGGUGUCCUAUAAAAUUGUGUCGGCACAAAACUGAGACUUUGUGCAACAAAUUGAUAAAACAAGAGUUGCAUUAAGAUUCGAAAUAAAAACUAUAGGAAUUACAAACAUUCAUAACGAGGCUAUAUCAUCUCAUGUUGUAUCAAAAUUUUUUGCAUUUUCGUAUGUGACUCAUACAUGUGUGGUUUCAUAUUUUGCUAAAAUAAUUAUACAGCCUAAUGACAAGAUUAGAUUCCCACUUGUAAGUACACAUGGGUGAUGUGGAGUCCAAAAAUGUAAAGUGUAACAAGGUUUGUUUUUUUUGCUUGCAUAAUAUAAUAAGUGGAUCGCCCCUAAUUGAAUUUAUUCUGAGUCAUUGAGAUAAAGGCCAGGCCCAUACAUGGGCUGUAGCAGCACUGAUGAUGAUAUUGAGAUACAGAUGCACACAUAAAUUUAAAAAAAUACAUUCUAAUAGUUCUGAAGCAUUAUGGAGAAAAAAAAAAUUAAUUCUAGGAUUAAAUGAAAUUAUUUAGAUGAAAAAUUGCUUGACUCCAAGUUUAUUUGAAAUAAUGUUUAAAACCAACAAAAUUAUAUUUAAAAGUUUAUAUUUUCCCCAGUUUUCACUCCCUUAAAAAAACAUUUUGAAGAGUAAAUCUCUGUUUGACAAAUUGUAGGAUAUUUGUCGAACAAAUUGCUUUCCUAGCGGCAUAAUCUGUAUUUCUGUGGCAGUGAAAUACACACAAAUCAUACUAUUUCUGAGUCAAUGAAAUGUACACAAAUCCUACUAUUUGUGAGGCACUGAGAUUAAAAAACAACUGACAAACAUACGUGACAAGCUUUACUUUACAAACUUGAUCUUUUAUUGGCGUCACUUAAAAUACAAUAGAUCUAAAACUUGUUGAGAAAAUGGUUUUUAUUUUAUUUCAUUUGAAACAACUUUUAUCCUAAAUACAUAAAUUCAACGAUUCGAUUUUCUUACUUUCAAGGUCUCUUAUGACAGCAUCCAUCUUCUGAAAGAUCAACAUUCACGAAACCGUAAAAUGAAAUGUUUGAAAUUUUCUAUUUCAAGGGAAAUAACCGGGGGAAAAUAAAAUGAUGCUGCUUGCAUAUUUUUAGCUUUCUGGGAAAAUGGUUUUUUAAAAAAUACACACAAAUAAUGAAGCAGACGGUGUGAUGACAAAAAAGUAAACGGUACUAAAGGCAAAGGUGACAAAUGUACAAUUCAAUUAAACAAAAGAAACUUAUUUUGUUUGUUUUUGUUCAAUUAUGUGGCCGAUUGGUCUAAACUGAGUCAAUCCAAAGCGUGUAAAAAACACCACCAAGCCUAGAAAAGCAACCAACCAAAAAAAAAAAAAAACGCCACUACCCUCAUGGUUGAUGUGCACGUUAACUUAGGGGUGGCAGCAUCGUUUCCCAAACCGUUGCACAUAUGCCAGUACAUGGAUGCAGCAGCGUAGUCCAUCGAAUCAGAAUCAGACUUGAGUUUGAAUGGUUAGUAAGGUUUUUCGCACGUGGUGUGCAUCGCACCGUCUUUUUCUGUCAUUGUAAAAUUAUAGCCAUUUUGGUGGAGUUGCUGUGUGCAUGCUAGCUAUAAUUACAUCGCAAUAAAUCUUUAAGGAAGCAGGUAUAGUCUUUGUCUUUAUGAAGAACUGCAA